CACCCAGAAAACAAUCUCGCUUCCUCAUUCAUCCUAAUUAUCUCGAAAUUUCUCUUGUGUGAAACAACCCAUCAACCUCGCUUCGUCAGGCUCACACGAAGAAGUUCAAAUUUCCAUCCAUCGAUCCCUAAAAAUGGGCCAUGGUGAAAAGGGCCGACCCAGCAAAAGGCACAAAUCAUCUUCCAAGGAUGAGCACAAGAACCCGGUUGUUGAAGAUGAAGAUGCGUAUUAUGGUGAAGAGUUCGAAGAUGAUUAUCGAGAUGGCGAGAAAGAAGGGAAGAAGAGAGAUUUCACCAAGUUAGAGCUGAAGGUCGAUCAUUCCAAUAGACCAUUAUGGGCCUGCGCUGAUGGCCGAAUCUUUCUUGAAACUUUCUCGCCUUUGUACAAACAAGCCUAUGAUUUUCUCAUUGCCAUAGCCGAACCAGUUUGCAGGCCUGAGUCCAUGCACGAAUACAAUUUGACCCCACACUCAUUGUAUGCGGCAGUGUCGGUUGGUCUUGAAACAGAAACAAUUAUAGCUGUUUUGAGUAAAUUGUCAAAGACCAAACUCCCCAAGGAGAUGAUUGAUUUUAUACAUGCUUCCACUGCUAAUUACGGCAAAGUAAAGCUCGUGCUUAAAAAAAAUCGAUACUUUGUCGAGUCCCCAUUCCCAGAGGUGUUGAAGACAUUGCUUCGGGAUGAAGUGAUAUCUCGUUCUAGGAUUUCUCACGAGGGUUCAAAUGGAAAUGACGGAUUUACAAUCAGCAAAACAGUUGGUGAAAUCGAAGGUCGCCAUGAUGAGUUAAUAAAUGAAGCAGAAUUGGCAGCUGCAGCUGAAGAAAAAGAAACCCAUUCUUUUGAGGUUGACCCUGCUCAGGUUGAAAAUGUGAAGCAACGGUGCUUGCCCAAUGCUUUAAAUUAUCCCAUGUUGGAGGAGUAUGACUUCAGGAACGAUACUGUCAACCCUGAUCUUGAUAUGGAACUGAAGCCACAAGCACAGCCACGUCCUUAUCAGGAAAAGAGUCUUAGUAAAAUGUUUGGGAAUGGUAGAGCAAGAUCUGGUAUUAUUGUACUACCAUGUGGUGCAGGAAAGUCCUUAGUUGGUGUUUCUGCAGCCUGCCGAAUACGUAAGAGCUGCCUUUGUUUAGCAACAAAUGCUGUUUCUGUGGAUCAGUGGGCCUUUCAGUUCAAGCUGUGGUCUACCAUACGAGAUGAACAGAUAUGUCGGUUCACAUCUGAUAGUAAGGAAAGGUUCCGGGGUAAUGCUGGGGUGGUUGUGACAACAUAUAACAUGGUUGCUUUUGGUGGCAAGCGGUCUGAAGAGUCUGAGAAGAUUAUUGAAGAAAUAAGAAAUAGAGAAUGGGGAUUGCUUCUCAUGGAUGAGGUGCAUGUGGUUCCUGCUCACAUGUUUCGGAAGGUCAUCAGCAUCACUAAAUCUCACUGCAAACUUGGGCUUACUGCUACACUUGUCAGAGAGGAUGAGAGGAUUACAGAUUUGAACUUCCUGAUUGGUCCCAAGCUCUAUGAAGCAAACUGGUUGGAUUUAGUUAAAGGAGGAUUUAUUGCAAAUGUACAGUGUGCUGAAGUAUGGUGUCCAAUGACAAAGGAGUUUUUUGCUGAAUAUUUAAAGAAAGAAAAUUCCAAGAAAAAGCAGGCACUUUAUGUGAUGAACCCUAAUAAGUUUAGGGCUUGUGAGUUUUUAAUACGGUUCCAUGAGCAGCAGCGUGGUGACAAGAUAAUUGUUUUUGCUGACAAUCUUUUUGCACUCACAGAGUAUGCAAUGAAGCUUCGGAAACCUAUGAUCUAUGGUGCCACCAGCCACGUUGAAAGAACAAAAAUUCUUGAGGCUUUCAAAACUCACAAGGAUGUGAACACUAUUUUUCUUUCAAAGGUGGGAGAUAAUUCAAUUGAUAUUCCUGAAGCAAAUGUGAUUAUUCAAAUUUCUUCCCAUGCUGGUUCAAGACGUCAAGAAGCCCAGCGAUUGGGUCGUAUUCUUAGGGCAAAGGGUCGACUUCAGGAUAGGUUGGCUGGAGGUAAAGAGGAGUACAAUGCAUUUUUCUAUUCCCUCGUAUCUACAGAUACACAGGAGAUGUACUACUCAACAAAAAGGCAGCAGUUCUUGAUUGAUCAAGGUUAUAGCUUUAAGAUAAUAACAAGCUUGCCUCCGCCUGAUUCUGGCGCUGAUCUGAGCUACCACCGCCUGGAUGAGCAACUGGCACUUCUUGGAAAGGUAUUAAGUGCAGGUGAUGAUGCAGUUGGUCUAGAGCAAUUAGAUGAAGAUGCAGAUGACAUAGCACUCCAAAAAGCUCGUCGAUCUGUGGGAUCCAUGAGUGCCAUGUCUGGUGCUAGUGGGAUGGUUUACAUGGAAUACAAUACUGGACGCAACAAACAUGGUGGGCAGGGCCAGAUCAAGGGUAAGCCCAAGGAUCCAUCCAAGAGACAUCAUUUAUUCAAGAGACGCUUUGGCUGAGAGAAAUAUGACUAAAGAACCAUCCACAAUGAUGGGCUUCCUUUUAAUAAUAAUAUAUGAUGCCAAGAUGAGUAGGCUUUUUGUAUAUUUCUCAAAACAGAGUGCCUGUGUUGAGUCUACCACCCCUUGAAACAAACAGAUCACCAGAGAACCACGAAUCCAGUGCUCCUUAAGAAGAGAGGUGCUGCAUGGGAAACUGGUUUUAUAUAAAUUUUGUUUUGAUUGGAAUUGCAUUGUUUUGCUGA